AUGCACAGGAUUUUGGGUCAGCGAAGUAUAAAAGAAAGAUCUGAUUUAGUCGACAUGAAUCCCGAAGUAGCUGAAAUCAAGAAUGAAUAUAUGCAUUCAAAUAUUAUCAAAAAAUUGCUAAAAUGGGACAUUUUAGUGGAAACUUCAGUUUUAGCCAUUGCUAUAAAAAUGGAAUUGGGAUUGAUGAGAUUAAAGAUGAGGCAUAUGGAUAGGUAA